AUGUUACUGGCCAAAGGACAGUUGCCUGGCCCCUUGGCCAUCUCACAGUGCCCCCCUUAUAUCUAUUGCUCCUCCGAGGAGGACACAGAGACGGCAGAGGGUGGCUACUCGUUCAUCUGCCAACACGGCCCUCAGGAGUGCGUGGGCAACCAAAUGUUGGCAUGCGCCAAGAAAUACAUCACCGUAGAGAAAGACUACGUCGACUUCAACAUCUGCGUCAUGUCGAGCGAUGAUCCCCCGAACUCCGGUGAAGCCUGUUCGGCCGAAGUUGGGAUCGAAGUCUGGCCAAGCAUCUCGGCGUGCUGGACGAGCGUCGAGGGUGAGCAGCUUCUGCAUGAGGUCGGCGUGAAGACCCGCGCGCUAGACCCUGUGCUGGACUACGUACCUUGGAUGGUGUCUGAUGGGGUCAGUAGGCCUCGCUGUAAUAAUUAA